AUGGCUAAACCCGUCGGCUUUCUGCAGAGGCAGCUAUGGACUGUUCUCCAACCUUCAGACAAUAGACUCUCAAUGAAACUUUUCGGAAGCAAGAAAGGGUUACAAAAGGAAAAAUAUCGGUUGAGGAAGGCGGGGGUUCUUAUCAUUCAUCCAUGUAGUCAUUUCAGAUUUUACUGGGAUCUACUGAUGCUGUGCCUGAUCAUGGCAAACGUCAUCCUCCUACCCGUCGUCAUUACUUUCUUCCACAACAAGGACAUGAGUACGGGUUGGCUCAUCUUUAAUUGCUUCUCAGAUACCUUCUUCAUUCUCGAUCUCAUCUGCAACUUUCGGACCGGCAUCAUGAAUCCGAAGUCGGCCGAACAGGUGAUCCUCAACCCCCGUCAAAUCGCCUAUCAUUAUCUCCGUUCAUGGUUCAUCAUCGAUCUCGUGUCUUCCAUCCCCAUGGACUACAUCUUCCUCCUCGCUGGCGGCCAGAACCGUCACUUCCUCGAGGUGUCCCGAGCCCUCAAGAUACUGCGCUUUGCCAAGCUUCUCAGUCUUCUUCGACUCCUGCGUCUGUCAAGGCUCAUGCGGUUCGUCAGUCAAUGGGAACAGGCCUUCAACGUAGCUAAUGCCGUCAUCCGAAUCUGUAAUCUCGUGUGUAUGAUGCUUCUGAUUGGUCAUUGGAAUGGCUGCCUUCAAUAUCUCGUGCCCAUGCUGCAAGAAUACCCCGACCAAUCAUGGGUCGCCAUUAAUGGCCUUGAGCACGCUCAUUGGUGGGAGCAGUAUACAUGGGCACUCUUCAAAGCCCUUUCGCACAUGCUCUGUAUCGGGUACGGCAAGUUUCCACCUCAAAGCAUCACCGAUGUCUGGCUAACGAUUGUCAGUAUGGUGUCCGGUGCGACCUGCUUCGCCCUGUUCAUCGGACACGCUACGAAUCUCAUCCAGUCCAUGGACUCCUCCAGCAGGCAAUACCGUGAGAAGUUGAAACAAGUUGAAGAGUACAUGCAGUAUCGCAAGCUACCGUCCCACCUACGAAACAAGAUCCUCGAUUACUACGAGUACCGAUACCGAGGAAAGAUGUUUGAUGAGAGGCAUAUCUUUCGAGAAGUGUCGGAGAGUAUACGACAGGAUGUCGCAAACUACAAUUGUCGCGACCUGGUCGCAUCCGUCCCUUUCUUCGUCGGUGCCGACUCAAACUUCGUCACCCGUGUGGUGACGCUGCUCGAAUUCGAGGUCUUCCAACCCGCUGACUUUGUUAUACAGGAAGGUACUUUCGGUGAUCGCAUGUUCUUCAUCCAGCAGGGCAUCGUCGACAUCAUCAUGUCCGACGGCGUCAUCGCCACGUCACUCAGUGACGGCUCAUAUUUUGGCGAAAUCUGCCUGCUCACCCGGGAGCGCCGUGUGGCAUCGGUGAAGUGCGAGACCUACUGCACGCUCUUCUCGCUCUCCGUCCAGCAUUUCAACCAAGUGCUCGACGAGUUUCCCGCCAUGAGGAAAACGAUGGAAGAGAUAGCCGUUCGUCGUCUGACCCGAAUCGGGAAGGAAUCGAGCAAGCUGAAAUCCCGCCUAGAGAGCCCGACGAUCAGGGACACUGCCCCUCUCUUUCCGAUCCCCCCUGACACACCGUCUUUCGUCACCGACAUCGAAAAGAACCGGUUCUUUGGCGACGACACGGACGAUGUACACAUCAGGACCCGAGUCGACGUCGAGCGUGGUUCGCAUGAAAACGUCAUCGCCAUCAUGGAUGGGAGUUUAUCCGACCUCAGGAUGGAAAACGAAGUCCAAGCCCGUAAAUCGUCUAGCGGAAAACGGAGGAAAUUCCAACAACAAACAACCGAACUUUGACGACUUGAAACAGACAAUGAUGGACGCUUACAAUUUCCAGUGAUUCAAUACUUACGCAAUGCAGAUAUUAGUUUUUGUACCUGAUUGUUAAGAAUGUAUUGAAUUUGUAGAUCAGUCCAGCAAAUAAGAAAGCAUAAUUUGGAAUUUCUUUUAUUGAGGAAGUACUGAAAACAAUGUGAUAGCAGCCGGUAGUAAUAUCUUGUCCAUUAUCCAGGCUAUAUUUUUCGCGCUUUCUUACGAAGUAAAUGAAAGGAUCGAUUAAAUUAUUGGUCUUUGUCUGCUGCGCUUUGUAUCUGAUGCCGAAAAGGAAUGAAACGUGAUUAGAACAGUAAUCGAUUGAACUACAGAAGUCUUUUCAAAAUAUUGAAUGUAUGGAAGGAGGGGGAAGGUUUGAUAUAUGCAAAGAAAUGGAGAAAUAUUUUUGUAAAUUUAUCUAGAAUGAUACUAUUGAUGCUGGAAAGAUAUUGAAGUUGUCCAAUGUUGUGUCAAAUCACCAACUAUUUGACAUUUGUCUUUUUC